AUGCUUGGUACACUGAUUGUUCAUCAGCAGAGGAAAAAACGUAGGACUGCAGACAGCAUGGCUGAGGGCGGGGAGAUGGCCAGUGGCUCAACAGGGGAUGUGUUUCGCAUGGAGGAGAGGCCCGAGCAUGGCAUGAAGGUGUUGCAGGGUCUGAACAAGCUCAAGCAGGACGGAGUCCUUUGUGAUGUAACACUUAUUGCAGAAGGUACCAGGUUCAACUGUCAUAGGGUGAUCCUGGUCUCUUGUUCAGACUACUUCCUGUCCAUGUUCACGAGCGGCAUGCGAGAGUGCAAUCAAAAGGAGAUUGAGCUGAAGGGAAUCACCGCCAAGGGGCUGGAGAAAGUCAUUGAGGUGGUGUACACAUCCACCACAACAUUAGAAGGGGAUGACAUCUUUGAUGUUAUUGCAGCUGCCACACAUCUGCAAGUGACUCCUGUGAUAGAGUUUUGUGAGAGAAAUUUCCUCAGUGGCAUGAACACUAGUAAUUUCUAUGACUUCAUUAAUACUGCAAAGUUGUACAGUAUGCACAAUGCUUUAAAACAGAUAGACGUGUUCAUUGCCCGGAAUUUGAUGCAGAUUGCCAAAGAGAACACCCUGAAUCUGCUGACCUACGAGCAGAUGGUGAGUUGUUUAAACAGUGAUAAGCUGUGCUUCCGAGAGAUGGAUAUAUUCCACAUCACCUGGGAGUGGUUGAGGAUGGAUCCCAAACGGCUCUGUCAUGCCCCCUCCUUGAUGAAACUAAUCCGGUUCCCCCUGAUUAAUCCUGCUGAUUUAGUCCACCAGGUUCAGAGUGUGGAUCUGAUGAUGUCCAAUCCAGAGCUGCGACAGAUGGUGUUGUCUGCACUUAACUACCAUGUGGUACCACACUCUCAGCCAUUACUCAACACUGCAUCAACACGUCUCCGGUCGUUUGUAGAAAGACUGGUUAGUGUCGGAGGCCGUGAGAUUCAUCCAAAUCCAUGUCUCCAUGACGAACUUUUGGUGUUUGACUCCAAAAUAACCUCGAGCAGUCUGUUAAACCGGCAAGAAAUUGCAACACUGCCGAGUGCACUUAGCCACAUGCAAGUGUUGGUCUAUAACAACUUUCUGUAUGUGUUAGGUGGCUGUACCACACAGUGUGCUCACGGGGAGUCAGCAGUCAACUCUGUGCUCCGCUACGAUUCUCGCUUUGACACCUGGUUCCAGGUGUGCCCCAUGCUCAACAAGAGAGCAUAUUUCUUUGCAGGAGCUUUAAACAAUAAAAUUUAUUCUGUUGGUGGAAAGUUUAAAGAUGGAAGCUUGGCAACAGCCGAAUGUUAUGACCCAGCAGAGAAUACAUGGGAGCUGAUAUCUUCAAUGCCUAUGUCUUACCAUGCUCAUGCUGGUGCUACUUACGGAAGUUACAUUUUCAUCUCUGGGGGAUACUCAGGUAACCAUUUCACACCUGAUAUGCAACGCUAUGACCCGAAUACAAAUGCAUGGGAGGAUAUGGCCCCCAUGUUGACACCUCGAGGCUGGCACGUCAUGUGUGCUAGCCACGAUAAACUGUUUGUCUUCGGAGGCUGUAACUUGAACGUCAACCAACAAGCACAGCCGGUUAUGCAGUCUGAGUGUUACGAUCCUUCCACUGACCAGUGGACAAUUGUGGCUCCCCUGUCCAUCUCUCACAAGGAAGCUUCGUGUGUGGUCUAUCGGGACAAUAUUUACGUACUGGGUGGGUAUAAUGUACAGACCAAGACAGGACAGAAGUUAGUUAGCAAGUAUGAUGUGUUCACUGGUAUAUGGGAAACUGUAGGCGCUCUUCCUCGCAGUCUAACUGGAGUAGGCUACUGCACAAUCAGACUUCCAUCCUAUGAUCCAGAAGAGUUACAAGCAGAGGCUGAAUAA